UCAUUCCUCGUCGUUGUGUGAUAAAGAACGCCAAACUGCACUUCACCGCUCAUUUAACAUUUUCUUUUUAUCACAUUGUUUUAUAUCUGUUUUUUAAAAAUUUCGGUAGUUUCAAAAUAAUUACGAUUUUUAUUUUUAUUCAACAAAAAAAAAAAAGAAGAAAAGAAACAAAAACGGAAGAAAAAAAAUGGCAGCAAACAUCCUAACGAUACCAACAACCACAUUAAAUAACGGCGUGCAAAUGCCGGCUUUUGGUCUCGGUACCUUUAACAUAAAAGGUGGCGAAGGCGUUGAUGUAAUUAAAGAUGCGAUUGAUAUUGGCUAUCGGCAUUUUGACACCGCAUUUUUAUACAAUAACGAAUCUGAAUUGGGAGAAGCAAUCAAUGAUAAAAUCGCCAACAAAGUUAUUAAGCGUGAAGAUGUGUUUGUUGUAACAAAGUUAUGGAAUACAUAUCACGAGCCCGAGCGAGUUCGAGAGGGGUGCGAUAAAUCGUUGACGAAUUUGGGACUCGACUAUAUCGAUUUGUAUCUUAUGCAUUUUCCAGUUAGUUUUGAAUAUCAUGGAGAUGAUAUUCCAUGGCCGAAAUCAGGGCCGAACAAUGAACCAAAUGCAAUAAACGAUAUAGACUAUUUGGACACAUGGAAAGAAAUGGAAAAAUUGGUUGACUCUGGCAUUGUAAAAAGUAUUGGUGUUAGUAAUUUCAAUUCGGAACAAGUGGAUCGUCUAUGUAAGGAGGGGCGCAUCAAGCCCGUUGUAAAUCAAGUUGAAUGCUCACCAAUCAUCAAUCAAAAGAGAUUAAAUGCUUUCUGCACCGAACGUGAUGUGCUCAUUAUUGGAUAUAGUCCAUUGGGCAAAAAAUUAAUUUCGCGACCAGAAAUUGAAGAGAUUGCAAAAAAAUAUGACAAAACUGCGGCACAGAUUAUUUUAAGAUAUUUGCAUGAAUUGGGGGUUACGCCAAUUCCAAAGACAACACACAAAAAACGAUUGAAAGAGAAUAUAGACAUCUUUCAUUUUCAAUUAGCUCAAGAAGACAAAGAAGCUCUGGAUGCAAUGAAUACCGGUGAACGUACAGUAAGACUGCCGAACUCCAUACACGCAAAACACUAUCCAUUCAAUCUGGAAUUUUAAUUUACGAUGGCAUCCGAAUUUUUUUUUAAGCAAAUAUCUUUUUAAUCAAAAAAUGUUCCAUUUCAUUUAUAUCACAUUUUAUUCGAGCUGAUCGUAACAUCAAAUUAGGUCAUUGAUUUUAUUUAUUUUCUUAUCACAAUUUUAACCUAAUAAAAAUGUAUCUUUUUGUAUUCUUUUGUUAUAUU